GAGGGUUUUUCCGCAGGUGGAGCAAUGCGAGAACAGAUAGAGCAACUGCGACACACGACACUCCGAGGAUUUAAACUUGAAGCACAUCCUGCCUCUGCUUUUCUCCAGCUCUUGAAACAGGGCGGAUGUGUAGAUGUUGAAGGAUAAUGUCGGGGAAUAUGCAGCUCAUUCAGUUCGCACGGAUUCUUCUGUGUCUCGUGAUUUUCAGGGACCUUUGGCACACAUAUUCAGGUACAUUGGCUAUUUCCCCGGGAAAACACCCAACUUUAAUCACCACUGUCAGGGAUGCCGACUUGCUAUAUGAGUUUUUACUGAGUGGACUUGUGAUUGAUGAAGACAACAAUGUUGGAAUGCGGGACCAAGAAAUGGCGUCUAUGAGGCAGGGACGAGUUUUCUUAAGCCUUAUAAAUGAUGACAUACCUAAAACUGUGCCAGCGAUGGAGGAACUGCUUGUCAUGCUUGAAGAGGAAGCACAGUCCUUUAAUGAGGAUCAUUUUGAGACACUCAUAUUGGGAAUCAUCUAUUCAGCCUACCAGGUCCGUGAGAAGAGGCAAGAGAGUCAGCAGCAGGCGUGGGCAGGUGUCCUCGGGCGCCUGGCCAACGUCACUCUGGUACAGCUACGCAGAUCUUGAAUUAUGCCACAAAAUGCAGAAAACAGUCAGAUCCAGUCGUUCCUCAUCACAUAUGCAUGAAACACAAUAUACAGUAAUCAAUGUCAGUAGAAAAGUUUGUGUAUAAUAUAUAUUUCCUUUCUGUAAGUAAAUAUCAGUGGAAAGAUGGAGUCUGAAGAAUUGUCUGUUGAUUGUGUAUAAUCUUUAGUAGCAGUGGUUGCCCAAUUUGAGUGUAUACCAGAAUUUGUAACUCUGUGAAGCAGUCUGGCAAAACCUGUAGGAUGUUGCUGCUGCUGCCUUCUGGUAAACAGCCAACAAUGAAUAAAAAUUGCAAGUACAA